AGGAGAAUGUAAACUUGUUCAUCGUUUCCUUGUUCUUGUAAUUCCCGCCCAAAACAGCAUCUGCAAAGUCUUGUGUUAUUAAUACUCCAUUGAAGAUGGUGUUAUUGAGGAGGAGGCUCGCUUGUUGUACAUGGAACAGAGAAAUCAACAGUAGCAUCGACUUCGAUCAACCACCAAACAGAAUUAUGACGUAUAACGGGCUUGAGAGCUGCAUUCUCAAUGCUAACUCUUGUGAGGAUGAAAGUGUCGCGAGCAGAGGAGACGAAUGUCCAACCGACUCCCUUGACGAAGAUGGUUCAAGUUGUUCUUCUAGCAACAACGCUUCCGGAUCAUUUUCUUCUCAGUGGACGAUGAUGAAGAGGGACGAGCACGAAUGGGAGUACUCAGAGAGCUCACGACAAUCCAUCGCCAACGAGGAACCGUCAUGCGCAGUACAAAUCUCCGACAUGAAAAUAAUGAAAGAAAAAUUCGCAAAGCUACUCUUGGGUGAAGAUAGUACGGGAGGGCGCAAGGGUCACUCCUCUGCUUUGGCUUUGUCGAAUGCCAUAACAAAGCUCGCUGGAGCUGUAUUUGGGGAGCUAUGGAAACUGGAGCCUCUGCCAGAGGACAGAAAGAACAAGUGGAGAAGAGAGAUGGAAUGGCUGCUUGCACCUACGAACUAUAUGGUUGAGUUGGUUCCGGCUAAGCAAUACGGUGCCAAUGGCCGGACUCUAGAGAUAAUGAGACCAAAAGCUCGUGAAGACGUUCACAUGAAUCUCCCAGCGCUGCGGAAGUUAGACUCCAUGCUUCUUGAAACGCUAGAUGCAAUGACGAUUACGGAAUUUUGGUACGAGGAAGGAGGAUGCCAAGCGGAAGGAAGGAUCAAGAGCGUAAAACAAAGCAAAAGAUGGUGGCUUCCUACGCCACGAGUACCUGUAGGCGGGCUCUCCGAUGGCGAGAGGAAGAAGUUGCUCAACCAGGCGAAAUUGGUCCACCAAAUUUUCAAGGCUGCUAAAUCCAUAAACGAGGCUAUUUUGCUCGAAAUGCCUAUACCGACUAUCAUCGGAGAGGCACUUCCCAAGUCUGGAAAGGCAAGCCUUGGUGAUGAUCUGUAUAGGAUGCUGAAUACAAUCUCUUCUUCAGCUGUUGGAAUGCUGAACUUGCUGAACCUGAAAUCUGAACACAGCGCCCUCGAUACCGUUAACAGACUAGAAGCAGCGAUAUACGCAUGGAAAGAAAGAAUCUCGGAACGAACCUGCACUAAAUCUCCAGCAAGAACAUCAUGGUCCUUGAAGGAUCCUUCCAUGGAGCUCGAUAAGAUGGAGUUUUUGAUCAACCGAGCUGAAGUUCUUCUGCAGCAAAUCAGAGUCCGAUACCCGAACCUUCCUCAAACGUUUCUUGAUGUCAUGAAGAUUCAAUACGGCAAGGAUAUAGCCCAUGCAAUUCUAGAAGCUUAUUCUCGUGUUCUAGGAAACGUGGCAUUCGGCAUCCUCUCCAGAAUCGGAGACAUUUCUCAAGAAGAUGUAUCAAGCGAUCCUAAUUCACCAAUGGCAGCCAAUAGCCUUCCGGGGGUGAAUCUUUCCGGAAUCUCAGGUAUUUCCGUUUCCAAUAUAAGUACAAGGCACACUCUGAUCGAUAAGAUGAACAACAUAGAAGGGAAAUUGGGUUUGUUAAAAGCUGAAAAGGCUUCGUAUACAGCAUUUUUAAGCGAUGAACCGAAUUCAAAUUCAGUCACAGGAACACCUAGUCGAAGCCCUAGAUGUUGUAUGGGUAAAGAGGUUUGUUUUACACCCCCCAAAAUGUCACCUUAGUUUCAGUUAUAUCGGUUAUGUAAAUGAUGUUAUGAUAAACACUGCAAACAUAUGAUUCAACUUUUGCAAAAUAUUUAGAAUACAGUUUGG